CAUUCUCUGCUAGAAAACAAGAGACAUAGACAGGGGGCGGUAACAGGUAGUCAAUUCAUCUAUCAGCCAGGACACUGCAUAUUCCUGUUGUAUUGUUGUUUCUUUGAUAACCCGACGUUCGAACAAGUUACAUUGGAGUUUGACCACUCUGCACACUGGUCUCUCUGACAUAUAAAUGAUCUUGCGCUGCUCGCACACGUGUUCAGUUUGUUUGGGUAGUGAAACGUUUAGGAGACACCUACAUAUAUACACAAAGCGGAAUCCGGCAAAUUAGCAACUCGGAUAACGACAGGGCAGAAAGAGUACACAUCGGAAGGUUUUUUUUACGGCCGUGUUAUUACACUUAAUUGAACUUAUCGACACUUAGCGCUAUGGAUACUAAUAAUCAGUAUUAUAACAGUUUAUAUACGUCCACCAACAAGGAACAUUAUUUGGCUACGCAAUCCGUGUGCCAAGAUCAGAGUGGAAGUAUAAGCUACGGGGCCUCCCCUCCUGCAUGCAUUUACGCUAAUCGCCAAAGUAUAUCUAAUGGGGGUUAUGUUAGUGGUGGUGGUGGUGGUGGUGGAGGUGCGACUAUGGCCGUAGUGGACCAACGGUUAGAGGACAAUCUCUUGAGCCAAUAUGCAGCCUCUUGUCAAAUACAAAGCCCGGUGGGCACCUCUGCACCAAUGUCGGCUGAAACCGCAGCGAUGAUGAUGAAAUUACAACAUCAUAAUGAUCGAAACCAGAAUUUAGCCUACCCCUGGAUGAAGCAAACUAAGUCACACGCACAUAUGUGGAAAGCUAAUUGGCAGGGGGCUUCGUUCGCAGACUUUGAUGAGAAUAAACGAACAAGGACAGCGUAUACACGUGGUCAACUUCUUGAACUGGAAAAAGAAUUUCAUUACAAUAAGUAUAUCUCUCGACCGAGACGUAUAGAACUGGCUGCGUUACUGAAUUUAACUGAGCGACAUAUUAAAAUAUGGUUUCAGAAUCGACGAAUGAAGUGGAAGAAAGAAGAAGCAAAGAAAAAACCGAGUGACAAUGAAAACGAGGAGAAGAUAACUUCGGACGAAAACGCAAACAUAAAAUCAGAUCUUCAUACAGUUCGACUGGCAACAUCUCCAUCAUCCGCAACAUCACCAACAGCAAAGGUUUCACCUUCGAACUUCUCACCACCCCCUAUCGCCUGCACAAGUACAAGCGCACCCUUAUUAAAUUCACCAACCACACCUUCAGAAACAUUUUCGCUUCUGCCUUCUCCAGUUUCGACGACAUCAUCAACUUCUUCGUCGCUGUACCGUGAAAAUAUUGUACUAAAGUCAGAAUUUUAAAUAAACUAUAAAGCACACCGACGAAUUCUAGCAUAAGCUGCGUUCACACCGAAUCCGAAUUUUCGGAUCAGAAAAUUGAUUCAGUGUGUAAGAAUAGGGAAGCUGACGUUCAGCGCAUCUCAGACGCUGACCAAAUUCCAGUUUGGAUCCGAUGUGAAUGCAACUUUUGCAAAAUAAAUCGUUGAUGAAACUUGCCAAGUUUAAUCAUAAUGUUGUGUUGAUGGUUUUAUACCAUAAUGUAACGCACAGUUUAUCAUAUGAUAUUUCUUGAUUUUUGUUUAUUUAGAAUAGCAAAACAUAUAAUAUAUAUUUUUUGACGUAUCUUACUACUCCUUUAUGGUUUUACGGACAAUUACUGUAUUUAAAAUAAAUUCUAUUAUUUUUGUUGACUUUUUUGCCAAGAUACCGAAAAAAACAUUGUUGUAGGUAACGAUGUCUGAAUCUCAGGUGAGAUAUGGGCCUACAAUUGUAGCGUAAAAUUAAAAUGUAUUACGUUGAACUUCAACAACCAGUAAUGAACCAAAACCUUCGGACAACACUCCUUCAUCAGUGGCAAGUAACAGAGGGUUGAAGUUCAAGAUAGUAGUAUAACUGGUAGUGAGUAUACGCUGACAAUAGACAUGUUUAUUUUGAAUCAGUAGGUGAUUGACCGUAUUGGCUAUAUUCAUUAAUAUAACAAAAUAUUGAAAAGCGAAAAAUAAGCGAUAUAGCAAAGUUGUACGAAUUAUUUUGUUUCAUCAACGCUGGUUAUAUUCACAGGCCCGUAUCCAGGGGGGUUUUAUGGUUCGGGAGAACCCCCUCAUUUUCUAGCAAACCCCCUCUUUUUUGGAGAAACCCCUUCUUCAAAUUUCGUAAAUAAGUCCUCGAACCCAACUAAUGCACUGCAGACCCACUAAGACAACCACGUUUUCAAACAUAUCUGCUUUAUAGCAUUAUUUAGACUCAUAAAGCACAAAACUCCUCUUGCUUUGGGGGUUUUGCCGACCCCACCGGGGCUUCGACCGUGGACCUAAAAUCCCCUUGGAAGAACCUGGCUAUGUUGUAUUGUAUUUGAACCUUAUAGAUAAUAUAUUCUAGAACUACCUAAUAC